ACUAGUCCUGGGAGGGAGUGGACUGUGCCCUGCUGACCAACUUCUCUUCCCCACAGGCAGAGCCACCCGAGGGCCAGCACUGAGGCAGCAGCACCAUUCCGAGGGCCUGACAUCAAGAUCUAUGUGUAAGUUUUAACUCUUGCUCACGAGGACCGCAGUAACUCCGUCUCUGAAGGCCAGCAGCCCCCCACCCAGAGCCCUCGAAGCCCCAGACUGCCUCCUACUGCCCAGCUGCCAGCUAUGCCCUCCAGCGGCCCCGGGGACACCAGCAGCUCCGCUCUGGAGCGGGAGGAUGAUCGGAAGGAAGGAGAGGAACAGGAGGAGAAUCGUGGCAAGGAGGAGCGCCAGGAGCCCAGCCCCACAGCCCGGAAGGUGGGGAGGCCUGGCCGGAAGCGCAAGCACCCACCGGUGGAAAGCAGUGACACCCCCAAGGACCCCGCCGUGACCAGCAAGUCUCAGCCCAUGGCCCAGGACUCUGGCUCCUCAGAUCUGUUACCCAAUGGAGACUUGGAAAAGCGGAGUGAACCCCAACCUGAGGAGGGGAGCCCGGCUGCAGGGCAGAAGGGUGGGACCCCAGCUGAAGGAGAGGGCACUGAGACCCCGCCAGAAUCCUCCCGAGCUGUGGAGAAUGGCUGCUGUACCACCAAGGAAGGCCGCGGAGCCUCUGCAGAAGAGGGCAAAGAACAGAAGCAGACCAACAUCGAAUCCAUGAAAAUGGAGGGAUCCCGGGGACGGCUGCGGGGUGGUCUGGGCUGGGAGUCCAGCCUCCGUCAGCGGCCCAUGCCAAGACUCACCUUCCAGGCAGGGGACCCCUACUACAUCAGCAAACGGAAACGGGACGAGUGGCUGGCACGUUGGAAGAGGGAGAGUGUCCAGAUGUGGACAGCGUCCAUGGAGAGAAUUGACUUGGGUGCAGGGGGCAGCGGUGGAGACAGGGCAGCUUUGGCUGCAUUUUGGUGA